AUGGAAAAUUACCAGAAGAUUGAGAAGAUUGGAGAAGGUACGUACGGUGUUGUCUACAAGGCCCGAGAUCUGUCCAACGGCGGCCGAAUCGUAGCCUUGAAGAAGAUCCGUCUGGAAGCCGAAGAUGAAGGUGUCCCUAGCACGGCCAUCCGAGAGAUCUCCCUCCUCAAAGAGAUGACCGAUCCAAACAUUGUUCGAUUGCUCAAUAUUGUCCAUGCUGAUGGUCACAAAUUAUAUCUUGUCAUGGAGUUCCUUGACCUUGAUCUCAAGAAGUACAUGGAAGCUCUUCCAGUCUCAGAUGGUGGACGUGGUAAAGCUCUUCCAGAAGGAUCUUCAGUGGAUAUGCGGUUAGGCUUGGGCAAGGAUAUGGUUAAGAAAUUCAUGGCACAGCUCGUCGAGGGUGUUCGAUACUGUCAUAGUCAUCGUGUCUUGCAUCGAGAUCUCAAGCCACAGAAUCUAUUGAUCGACAAGGAAGGCAACCUCAAAUUGGCUGAUUUCGGUCUCGCACGAGCAUUUGGUGUCCCCCUGCGUACCUACACUCAUGAGGUGGUUACUCUAUGGUACCGUUCUCCAGAAAUCCUUUUGGGCGGCCGACAGUACUCCACAGGCGUCGACAUGUGGUCUGUGGGAGCCAUAUUUGCUGAGAUGUGCACUCGAAAACCGCUCUUUCCUGGUGACUCGGAAAUUGACGAGAUUUUCAAGAUUUUCAAAAUUCUCGGAACACCCGACGAGUCAACUUGGCCAGGUGUGACGACAUUCCCUGACUUCAAGACAUCCUUCCCCAAGUGGCGGCGUGAACCCACCAGCAAAAUUGUUUCAAAUCUCGAGCCUGCCGGCCUGGAUCUUCUAGACGCCCUCCUCGAGUACGACCCCGCGCACAGACUAUCAGCCAAAGCCGCAUGCACGCAUCCUUAUUUCGCCGCUGGCACGGCCGCCUAUUCGCAGCGAACGAACGGGCUUCCCAGAACCAAUGGCUACCAUUGA